UGGUGAGGGGAGUGCGCUUCCUUUCCCCCUCCCUGUAACGUUUAUGGUUUAUCCGUGGGUGCAUUCCUAACAUAUUUUUUCUUUCUGUGUGUGUCUUUGGUGUGCUUUAUUGCAAGAACACGUUUCGUUUCUUUGCUCCCAUACAAGAAGUUUCGUGUGUAGUGUUUGUGCGCAACGACAACGAACGGAUACUCGAGAAACAUUUUGGAGUAUGAUUGUGUCAGAGCCAUAACGACUGAGUUUACAAUGAAAUCUGUUCGAACAACGACAACCUCGUCCUUUUUGCCAAGUGGCCAGAUGCCGUUCUAUCAAAUGUCAGGGUACUGCCAAAGUUGUUCAGGAAGCGAAACUGACGUCUCCACGUCUACCGAGAACCUCACCUCUGAAGAGCGGCAUGCACUGCGCCGAGGGGAGCGGCAAGAUCCGCAAGGUCAAGAAACGCUGGCCCCAGACGAACUGGAAGACGCUGCUUCCCGCUCCAAUACCCUUGUCAUCCGUAACAACAGCUCCAUCGAUGGGUUUACGUCUCCACUGUACGGCAAAAGCCUAACCCCCGAGCGCUGCAUAUCCCUGACUCCCGCUCCGGUGCGGGAGAUCACGGACAUCCCCAAGCACUACUUGGACCAGUCUGAAGUUCUCAAGCAUUUGGCGAAGGAGGUUCACAACCAGCGGACUCACAGACGGGGCUCAAGUCUGUCGCAGUCACACCCUGACCUAACGCAGGUCGGAGGUGCCUGCAAAGACGCUGGGGCAUCCGCUUCCGAGGAGAACGCAACUAAGGUGGUCAAUCAGUUGCUGGAGGAGAAUGCUGCCCUCAAAGCAGAGCUGGACCUGUACUACGGGAAGGCGUCUCGACUCCAGAAAUUGGAGUUGGAGUUGCAGAAGGUUCAGCAGGCUCAGGAGGAAUUGGUUAGAACCACGGAGAAGCGGGAGAAGCUGCAGGCAGCCAUGAGGGCGCGGCUGGAACUGGAACGAGCGAAGGCACAUGAUAUGAACCGACGGCUACGUGAACAACUCGACGCUGCUCUUUCACAGCUCUCCUUACGUUCUAUGCCAGAGCAUAACGACGCCGAGCUGAAGAAGGAAGUCAGUCGGAGGGACGUACUCAUCGCUCAGCUUCUAACGCAGAACAAGGAAUUAUCGGCGGAGAAGGAGCGCAAGGACAUCGAACUUCAGGCACAGCGAGCAACACUGCAAGAACAACGCAACCACAUUGACAUCUUAGACAACGCUUUGAAUAAUGCGCAGGCUAACGUUGUGCGGAUGGAAGAGGAGUGCCGCAAGAAGCAGUUCUACGUCGAACGAGUCAACCAGCUGCAGAAAGCUCUCGGCAACCUUCAACUUGCAAACGAGAGGCGCCUGCAAAUGGAAAAACGUUGUCGUUCCCAGCUCGAACGGGAUGUUGAGACCCUAAAGACGGAGGGGAAGGCAGUGGCGACCAGUAAAAAGGAAUCCGAAGACACGGAACACCUAAGAAAAGUGCUUCGAGAGUAUGAAGAAAAGAUCAUCGCCCUCGAAAACGAAGUGGCGAGGUGGGAACAACGGUACCUGGAAGAAAGCACCAUGCGGCAGAUAGCAGUCGACGCGGCAUCAGUACCAAAGGAUGCCAAGAUUGCCGCAUUGGAGCGGACUUCGCAGGAGAGCGAGAAGCUGAUAGCGCAGGUGCGGUCUGAGAAGUUGAAACAGAUGGACGAACUGUACGCUUCCCAGAGGAAGUGUGCGGAGCAAGAGGGAAAGCUGAAAGACAUGGAGUCACGCUUGGCAGAAAAGGAGGCUAUGAUCAAGGUACUGCAGCACCACUCUCAAGAGAAAGAUGCAGCCCUGCAGAGUGCCGUCCUUGGGAGGCCGAGGCACACGCGUGCAGCCUCUUCGGUGCCCCUCGGCUCUUCAACUGCAUCUGUUGCCGUUGCCCACCGCCGAACGGGGAGCAAAGACGAAAUUGGUUCUUCUAGUCUAGCAGUAGUAUCGAGCGAAUCUACGAGCAACGCCACGAAUACGGUGACGUCGCAGGCAGCUGCCUGUGCCGACGCCAAGAGGAGCAUAGACGAGCAGCUCAAGGAGUUUGGCUCCCGGCUCUCGAAUAAGUUCUUCUUUUAAUCAACCACAGUGUGAGGGCCUACCCAAGCAUUUGUCGAUGUGACCCGAGGAAUCGAUAAUGGAUGCACUGCGGCUGGAAUCCGAGCAGCACCCGAGCGAACAUGUCUGGAGAGUGUGAUUUCCCGUCCACGUGGCAGCCCUACCACCACACAGCCAAUGCUACGUACAACGGCAGGUCGUCGGCCGUCUCCGCUCCGGAAAACCUGAGGCGGUCGUGUGCGCUGUUCCGUGCGGAGCCCAAGAUCAGCUCCCUUUUUUGGGGAUAUAAUAUUCCAGAGUCGAAAGCUUUACUUGUGCGAGAGAGUUUUGAUAUGAUAUCGUAUUAUAAUUGCCUAACAUGCCGCUUCUGUAGCGAGCGAACCACGUGUGCUGUCCAUCUUAGGGCCUACUUUUGGUGUGCACAAUGUUUGCAGCUGAAUGCUUCCGGAGCCGCCAAAUCUGGCUUUACGAAUCUGGUUUUCCCGCACUGCUGCUUGGAAAAUUUGCGCAGCUUUUUUUCUGUUGCUAUGUAUUUGUAUCCAGGAAUGAGGGAGAGAGAUGCUAGUCAGGUGAUUUCUCCCGUGCUGAAUUAUGUUUACUUAGCUAAUCCCGGUCAAAACGCUAGGGUCAACUUUUGGCGCAAACCUUUCCUCUUUCACUUCCUUUCCAAACUUAAGUCCUAAGUAAUUAAUUAAGUCCUAAUUCCCACACUUUCAUGCCCAAUUUGGCUGGGAAAGGAGUGUUCCCAAAUUUGACCCUAGAAUGUAUCCGGGCAGAACAGUUUUUUUUUUUUCUAUCAGACUGUUGUUAAUGUGCUUUCUGUCUGAUGAAUUAAUUUAUUACGCUGCUAACUGUUUUUAAUUUAUUAAAAUGUUUCCCGAAAAUUGUAACACGCAUAGGUCUCAUUGGGGAAAGCUGAAGGAAGCUGGUUUGAACCAGAGAUUCUUUUUUUUUUUUUUUUUUUUUCGCCCGCCUCUGCUUGUUAGAAUCUGUUGGCGCAAAUCAAACCUGGAUAUACUCAACUGCACAAAAAAGACGAUCGCAUAUUCCACAUCCUGUGUGCAUUUAAACGACUGGAAUUUAUAUUGUUGCGUGAUAUAUAUCUUGUGACGACCUUGAAACGAGCGAACGAAUCUCGAGCUUCUUUCUGUAUCAAACUUGGAUUCAUGUGACUGCCUUUCAUUUCAUGACAACGAGAUUAUCUGGGCAAGCUUUUCUUUAACUUUUUUUUUUUUUUCCGAAGAGCAUAUUGUAAGCUUUUCCUUAUUGCAUUGCUGUGCUGAGGUGUGGCAGGCCUCUCUGUAGAUAUGUGUCCUCAUUUUUUGUCCCCUAUGCUUUUGUUCCCGGUAUGGCAUCACCAUCACUGGUUACCUCAUAGUGUGUAUGAGAGGAAAUGUAUAUAUAUUUCACACGUAUAUAUAUAUACAUAUGUUCACGGUGAACGCGAGACAGCCUCCCAGCGCUGGUCGUUGGGGGGGCCUUGGAACGAGAAUUCUCAGUGGCGAAUGAGGUUGAAAGUUGUGUCCAAGGUAUCGCACUGUUGGAUAAAACUUGUCUAGCAAGCACUCCGGCAUAAGUGUCAAAUUUUUGUUUAGCUCUUCGUGGUUCUAGACCUUUCAGUUGCAGAACAGGUACAGCUGUAAAAGAACGUUCAAGGUGGCCCAGUAUAUUGAGUGCAAACUACGUUUUCUAGUCCUGGUGCCGCUUGAAGCCUACUUUUGUAGUUGGAGGGCAGAAGGCCCCCUUUUGCUGUCAGGAGGCUGCAUUUCAUAGCCCUGUUUGUCCAGCAGUGUGGUACUUGGUAGAAAGAUGGGAUCAAGGUGGUGCUUCCCAAAAAAUUCAGCCUUCCUCUUUGUACAGUGAACAGUCAUGCAGGCUUUGUAUUAGCCACCACAUUAAAAUGUGCCUUUGUACAGCUUUGUACCAGAUAAUAAAUAUCAGCAUAACCUA